GGCGGCCCUCGGACGGCCGGUCCUGCAUCCUGGCACUUACCUUCAUCCUGGUAACUCACAAGUCCCCGGACCAAAAACAGGAACAGGUGAACGAUGAGUUCAGGGGCAGCAGCAGAGGACGAGGACGCCGCAGCAUUAGAGACCGUCAAAUCUGUCACACUCACUCAGGACACUGAUGGAAGCAUCAUCCUGCACUGUCCUCCCAACGACGAUGCAGACGAGGAGGCGGAGCCUCUCCAGAAGAAACUGCGUCUGUCUGCAGAGGAACAGGAAGACGCAGACGGUCCUCAGUUCUCUGUCGUCACGUUACCCAUGUCGGAGAACGACGAAGGCUUCGAGGUGACGAUGACGGCCACAGCAGACGGUGAUCUGUCUGAGGAAGGUGUCGCUCAGAUUCAGAUUCUGCAGGAGGAUGAAGACUCUCUCUCGCCCAAUCAGAAGACAGAGGUGUCGCCUGUCAGUCAGGCCUGGUUCACUACCAAAGAAGACAAAGACACACUGGCUAACAAAGGUCACAAGUGGAAACAGGGCAUGUGGUCUAAAGAGGAGAUCGACAUUCUGAUGAGCAACAUCGACCGAUACGUGAAGGGCCGAGGCAUCGAGGAUCCAGCAGAGAUCAUUUUUGAGAUGUCCAAAGAGGAGAGGAAGGAUUUCUACCGCUCUGUGGCGUUGGGGUUAAACAGGCCGCUGUUCGCCGUCUACAGACGAGUUCUACGAAUGUACGACAACCGCAACCACGUCGGGAAGUACACUCCUGAUGAGAUAGAGAAGCUAAAAGCGCUGAGGGAGAAACACGGGAACGACUGGGCGACGAUCGGAGCCGCUCUCGGUCGAAGCGCCUCAUCUGUCAAAGACCGCUGCCGACUGAUGAAGGACACCUGUAACACAGGUAAAUGGAGCGAGGAGGAGGAGAGACGUCUCGCUGAGGUCGUGUAUGAGAUGGCGGGUGUAUCGCCGGGGUCGGCGGUCACAGGAGGCGUUUCCUGGGCGACGGUCGCUGAUCAGGUUCGAACGCGCUCUGAGAAACAGUGUCGGUCGAAGUGGUUGAACUAUCUGAACUGGAAACACAGCGGAGGAACAGAGUGGAUGAAGGAGGACGACCUCAACCUCAUACGCAGGAUCUCAGAGCUGGAGGUGGAGGAUGAGAAUGAAAUCAGGUGGGAGGAUCUGGCGGGCGGGUGGAGCAGCGUCCGGUCGCCUCAGUGGCUGCGAUCGAAGUGGUGGAGCAUCAAGAGACAAGUAGCGAAUCACAAGGACAUCCCCUUCAACGUCCUCCUGAAGGGUCUCCAGGAGCUCAUGGCAUCCUCACAGACGGCCUCCGGACCGGGGAGUCCCUGCUCCUCCUCCUCGUCCUCGCUCCAGAUCCGACUCACCCGAUUGGAGGAGAGCGGCGGCAGCCCCGCCCCCAGCUCUGUGGCUGCGCUGCAGAUUCCUGUACAGAUCCCGCUGCAGAUCACACACCUGGCUUCAGAUUCUUCAGCAGCAGCCAGCGACAGUGAAACCAUCACUCUGAACACAGGAGCCCUGCAAACCUUCGAAAUCCUGCCUUCGUUCCACCUGCAGCCCACCGGCACCCCGGGGACCUACUACCUCCAGACGACGUCCAAUCAGGGCCUGCCGCUCAGCCUCUCCACCAGUCAGGGCCUCCCGCUCAGUUUAACCAAUAACAGCACUGUUACCCUGACGACAGGCUCCUCCCCCUCAUCACAUGAACACAUCAUCCUCCACAGUCUGUCGACGGACGGCCUCUGCUCCAGCGACGGCGUCAUCAUCCAGACUGUCACCUCUGACCCCGCCUCCUCUGACCCUCUCAGCCAGUCACAGCUGGUCGUGGAGACAGAGGGGCGGGGCCAGGACGAACGCCUCGAUGCCACGAGUCUCCUGGAGGGGUCAGAGAGCGUUGUCACGGAAACUCAGGAGCCAAUGACAGAUGGCUUCACCAACACUGACAAGGAGCUGAACUCACCGUCUGUUGAGGCUCCAGUGGUGCAUUCUGGGAUACCAUCUGGCAGCGCCGUGCUGAUUGUUUCUCCACCCAACAUCAGCAGCACACUGACAGAUCCGAUCCUUGAGAACCAGGAAGGCUCUGACUGAGCAGGACGUUCGUCAUGACAGAUGAAGAUUCAAGGAUGGACGACAGGAGACGAAUUUGCGAAUCCUAGGAUAAGAUUGAUAUUCUUACCCUCACCUUAACCAAUCCAACCAAUGAAGGCAACAAGCACUAACCAGUCAUAGGGAGAGUAGGGCAAGUUAUUUCUUCACUGUCCUAGGAUUUGUAAAUUUCUUCUUCUGUGGUGUUAAAGCUGCUGCACAAUAAAGACAGAACCUGUUUGCUGUUUUUAAAACCAGGAUGUGAACAUUUAAAAACAGAUGGUUGUAAAUUAAACCAAACUUUUUAAACUGAAUGAAUUUGAAGCUUCAUAUUGAACUUCUGGAUGAAAUGUUGAACCCCUGGAUGAAAUGUCUGAACCCCUGGAUGAAAUGUUGAACCCCUGGAUGAAAUAUUGAACCCCUGGAUGAAAUGUUGAACCCCUGGAUGAAAUGUUGAACCACUGGAUGAAAUGUCUGAACCCCUGGAUGAAAUGUUGAACCCCAGGAUGAAAUGUUGAACCCCUGGAUGAAAUGUCUGAACCUCUGGAUGAAAUGUCUGAACCCCUGGAUGAAAUGUUAAACCCCUGGA